UAAGGGGCGGAUCGGAAACUGGGAAGCGGCGUCUGAUUUGAAACAGAGUUACAGUUUACAGUUGUUACUUGUUGUUUUGUUACUGCCUUCUUUGAUUUUGAGAAACCACUUUUUUUUUUUGCUAUCAUGUCGCGGAGAAAGAGCAGUCACGGAAAGUCGCCACGAAGGCGUAAUGUGGUUUUGGGGUUUGACGAAUUUGGUUUCGCUGUGUUAGGUAGAAAAGAUGUGAAAAUAUCGCCAGGCAGAUGUCACGAAUACAGCUACCCCAGACCAAAUGCUGUGAAGGUGAAGGAAUUGUGUCAUUUGCUCAGCUACUGGAAUGGUUCGAGUUUCAUCUGCAAGAACCAGAUUGAGCAAUUUAUUAAAAUAGGGCUUCCACCUGAGUUACGCGGGCGUGCAUGGAAGUCUCUUCUGGAUGUUGAGUCAGUGAAAGGUGGCAGUCCUUUCAAUUAUCAGAACUGUCUCAAAGAAAUUCGAAGGCCUCUCGUUGACCUUGGUGUGACGGAGUAUAGUAUCCGUUCUGCAAUCACCAUUUUGAGUGAAACGGAGAAUGAAAUGAGAUGCACAGAAGAUGGUCCUAAUCCCAGUUGCGAGUUCACCAACAGUGAUGUUGUCAUCUUCAGACAAGUGGCUCUUGACCUCCAGAGAUCUUUUCCUACUCAUCGCUCAUUAAUGGGUGACACCCCAGAAGCUAUUGAAGGGCAAGCCAAGCUCUUUCGUGUCCUCAUCGCGUACGCAAAGUAUAAUCCCCAGAUAGGAUACAGCCAAGGUAUGUCAUACCUUGCAGCUGUACUCCUGAUGCACUUGUCUGAAGAGGAGGCGUUUUGGGCCCUUGUGAUUUUAUUAGAGAGACCUAAAUACUUAUCAGGGCUGUUUGACCAUUCUUUACACAAAAUCCAGCACAAUGCAAAGGUUUUCCAACAGCUCCUGAAGCACAGAAUGCCACAGCUUUCACAGCAUAUUGAAGGUCUUGGAGUGUCUUCCUUGCACUACGUGAUGCCCUGGUUUCUGACGCUGUUCACUUCUCUGCCCUGCUGGGACUCUGUGCUGGCUGUGUGGGACCUCCUCAUGCUCCAUGGCAUAGCAGUGGUUUUCCGCACGGGGCUGUGCAUUUUCCAACUGCUUGAGCCCCGGCUGCUGCGAAUGCCAGACAUGUCUCUGCUGCUGCCCACGCUGCUCAGGGUGCCUGUUGAUGUCUCCCGCUACAGUGCUCUGGUGCCGGCCCUAUGGAACACCGAGGUGCAGGAGUGGGAGAUUGACUGCAUGCACAGCCUCGUUCUGGAGGAGGACCGGGAAGAACGCUGCCCAGAACCUGUGGAAGGUGCCCCCAAGAGCUUAUUUGCCAAAGUGUUAGACACAGCCCGUCGUUAUCUGGGAGACACGGGCAAAGAGGACGACAGCAGGGAGAUGAAGAAUCUCCCCAUUCACAGAAGUCCAAUUGUUCCCUCUCGCUCAAAGCCCUGCUCAUUCUCCUCUCUCAGGCGAGGACAGAUUAAGAGGAGGAAAAAAAUAAACAGCAGCGUUAAGGACUCAAGCCAGAGACUCCAAUCCCAAGGUCUGGUAACAGUGCAGAGCCAGCGAAAUACCAUCACGUCUUCCAUGGACCUAGAUGGAGAGAUUACAGGGGACCGCACUCCAGACUCCUCCUUGAGAAGGAAGAGCUCAGGGCCAGCUAACAGACCUCUGGGGUGGAGGACACAGACCCAGAGGGUUUGGAAGAAGUCUCCGAAACCUCAGCUGAACAAGGCACCUCUUUCUCCAUUGCUGGUUCAUCAGGCCCCGAAGGGGAGUUCCCGCAUUUCUGCACCUGAGUAUGACUCACUGUUGGAAGCUACAGAUACUCACAGCAGGGAGCCGUCACCAAGACAUAGCACACUGAGCAAGACAAAGAGCUCCUUGGAGAACGCUCAAGAAUUGCAACUUAUCUGAGAGCUGAGGGCGUCAAGUGGAAGAACGGGUACAGGCUAUAAAUUAACCUCCUAAACGGCAACUCCCACAGUAGCUGACAUGCUGUUAAUAUUUGAAAUUAUUUUUAAUAGCUCUUUUUAAAAGAAAAUUCACAUGACUAGUAUAGCAGGUGUAACGACAUAAAAAGCAACUCGAAAAAUUAAAUCCUUUACACAGUUGUUUUUAGCUCAUGCCUUUUGAGAUGUAUGCCGUGAGAUUCGCUCUCAUCUAGCUACUAGUAAAUGAUGGUUUUUAAGGAAAUGGAGUGAUACUUUACUAAUGUGAUAUUUCACUACUCCUAUUUUAAGAAUAGCUCACUGUUCCUGUAGUUCUUUGCUGUUUGGCUUUACAUUGCUAACCAGCUCACACCAAGCUAAUGAAUGUUCAAACCAGACAGACCUCUUUAUUUCUAAGCUUGACUGCUGCGUUAUAACUGUCUAAACAGGACUUCACUUGGUCAAAAGCUGUAUAAUUAGAAAGUUCUUAUUUACAUAAUGGAGCCUUUGUAAUCAGACUAUAAUUGUGCUAAACUGAAGGUUUGAAAGACAACAGUCUCAUAAUAUUGGAUACUCUUCAGAAGGCUUUAGCUCGUAUUCCUUUUAGAAACCUAAUUUAGCAUUUAAAUGCAUGAGUCUUUUUAAGAUGUUAGGCCUAUAGACCUAUAGCGGUACAUAUGAAUCAAAUAUUUAUCAUGGUUAAUUUUAAAUUAUUUUGAUAAAUAUUCCUAGCUAGAUUUGUGUGGUGCUUUGAGACAUUCAUCCAGCUUUAAAUUGCAAACGCAAUGUAUUUUUGGUUUUUGUCAGCUAUAAAUUAACACUUUAAAACUUUUUUCCUUGUUGGCUUACUUGUGAAAAUGUAGAUGUAUUAUUGUGAUUUGUUUUAAUACUA